CACGCGACAGCGCACACCAUGGCUCGUAAGAACGGCCUUUGAUGAGCACAUAUUUUGUCACCUCGAUUGCUAACUUGCAUGACUAAUUCAGCAGCAAUGGAUGUAGAAGAUGACGACCCCGUCGUGGCCGAGUACGAUGUCUAUAUUACACCCGAGAUGGAGCAGCAACAGCUCUAUGUCCUGCAGUACCUGAACCGCCCGCCAGACCAUCCGUUCACCAAGGCGACGAACAGUCAGCCCUCUGAAUUGCGCGUCAAGAAGGAGUCUGGCUUUAUCGAAGUCGAUGUGCCGAUCAAUAUUCGCCAGAACUACAACCGACCCGCAGGUGUGAGAUGGGGUGAAGCCAUGCGCAAGACAAAAGGCUUUGGUCAGAAGGCAUUCGGAAUUGCGUCUGGUUUCGAGCGGACCAUGCCGCGAACAGCCAACAGGCCUGGCGUAGGCGAGGGAGCACCAGCAGCACCAAUUGCGACCGAGGACGACGACAACUUCGACGAAUAUGUCACCCGCUUCGAGGACGCGAACGAGAAGGGCCAUGUGCUGAACACGCAAACGUUUGGCGGCCAGAUCCAACCUGACGACAGAAAGGGGCCUAGCUAUAUGCUUGGGACGUUCCGUGAGAACCAGCUUCACCUUACCCGACUCAAUGGUCUCGUACAGCUUCGGACCCAGUUCCACCACGUCGAUGCCACAGCCCAACUAGACGCUGUAGCCCGCCGCCGCGAGAAGGAGUCGCAAGAGGGCGCGAAGCCCGCAGAGCCCAAGGCCUUUCUUCCAACCGUUAAGAAAACUGGAGGAGACACUGCUGCUGAGAUGGUCCAAGCUUUCAUGAAGUCUGCGAACCAAGAGACGUGGAACAAACUGCAAUACUCCGACGAAGACGUAUGAGAUUCUCUGGAUUGGUACAGAAGGUGCGCUGACGUAUAAUCGCAGUCAGAAGUAGCAUUUGACUCCUAUGCUGAACGCCUGUUUCUGCAAGAAAUCGCCUCAGCCCCUAAGCUCAAAUCUAACCUUAGC